GAGAGAGAGAGAGAGAGAGAGAGAGAGAGUAUAUAAAACAAUAUCUCUCAAGUACGAAUGAUGACCAACCAUUCCAAUCCAGCAUGUGUGAUGGCAAGGAUAAGGGCCAGUUGGGGCAAAUUGUAAAACAGUUGACAUAGAAUGAUGGGCAUUAUUUACCAUGGUGGUCUUCCUACGAUAAAUGUAAAUGUAAAUGUGGCAGCAAAGAACAUCAUCCACUGGGGCAGACGGAAGUUGCCAAUAUUGGCGGCAGCAGGAGCAGUGGGUUCAACGGACUACUUGGAAAGAGAGUGUGGAGUGAGCCUUAAAGAGAUAGGCGAUGAUUGUUGUGUGAUGAGCAUGGCACUCGACAAUGGAGGAAGCUCAGCCAAGUUAAUGCUUCCAAGUGGUUUGGUAACUUCAUUCAAGCCUCAGAUGUGGCAUGGUGCCACUAUGGAGUUACUCCACACCUCCGUCUCUGCCGCUGCCGCUGUUGCAAGUGACGAUAUUAUUAAUCCUCCUCUCGUUCAAGGAGGACUCUCUUUAGCAUUGUCCUGCCAGAACGAUAUUAAUGGGAUUCCAUGGUCUCCAAAUGAUUGGUCUGUUCAUCAAGUUACUGGAACUCCUCAAGAUUCUAUUCAGAUACAACUUAUCAGCACAAGUAGUGAUGAACAACAAGUGAAUGCUCAAGUAAAGCAUAUCAUAACACUUGGAAGAGAUGCUUUAACCUCGGAGGUUAUAGUCUCUAAUUCAAGCACCUCUUCUUCCAUCUAUCUGAUGGGCUCAGCCAUUUGCCAUCUUGCAGUCAGCACACCUGAUGCAGCUUAUGCCAUUGGACUCCAAUCCUCUGAUUUCUUUAUCAGGCCACCCUUUGCUCCUAAUUCCACUAUUAUCAUCCCUCCCGACUUCAUGACAGUCGAUCAAGAUUCCACAAAAACAUGGCUCCCCUUCAACAAAUUAUUUGCAACAAGAAGAAACGAGGACGACGUUGAUAGCUUGGUUAGACGAGGCAAGCCAGAUGAGGAGGCUCAAGAAGAAGAUGAUAACUACAAACAUUUGACUGAUAAGUUAUGCAGGAUUUAUACCAGCGCUCCUCGAAAUUUGACCAUCAUUGACCGCGGUAGGAGAAAUUCAGUGACAGUUGGAAGAAAUGGGUUUGAAGAAGUGUAUAUAUUGAGUCCAGGAUCAGAGCACGAAUGGUACAACAAGUACUCUUACAUCUGCAUAGGCAAUGCAGCUCUCCUUCAACCAAUCAUCUUGAAACCUCAAACUCAAUGGAAAGGAGGCCUGCAAUUGUGGAAUCCCAAUUCCUAAAUCAAAAAAGAUCCUGCCUCAGAGAAAGAUUCUUCUGUGGUGUAAUUGUAUGUCUAGAUAGAAUCACAAUCUGUGUAAUCCACAUACACAAGACAAACGAUAGAUAAAACCAUUUUUUUUUUAA